AUGAGAGAGUUACAAGAAUGCAAUCUAGAAAUCACUUAUUCAAUUACUCGUCGCCAUGAAAGUUUGAGCACAUGUGUUGUUUACCUAUUGAGAAUAUUUGUGGUUGGGAUAGCUCAUAGCAGUGUGACUAGUUUCUUUCAAUUGGUUUCGAUCGUCACCAUGAUAAGAACUCGAAGAGUGCAGAGUUGUUCUCCGUCAGAUGAAGAGUUAAUCAGUCAUUGCCUAUACAACAAACUUCACAACAGGCCUAUUAUUCCAGGUAAUUAUACUGUGAAGGAGUUUGAUCUGUACAGUGAAGAGCCCUGGGACAUAUGGAACAAGAAUGGUGGUCUUGAAUUGGAAACUAAAAACAACAAGGGGUUUCUUUACUUUUUUACCAAGUUGAACAGGAAAACUCCUAAAAGCAAGAGAUUUGAUCGACGGGUAGCUGGGUCCAACGGCGGUGGAUGGGAAGCUGAGGACUCUCCCAAACAGAUUACUGCUAAUAAUUGUAUUGGGUUUAAGAAGAGAUUCCGAUACGAGAAUCUGAAUAAUUCGGAGCAGCACGGUCGAUGGAUCAUGUUCGAAUUCAAUCUUGGACAUCCUGAGGACCUUGUGCUCUGUAGCCUAAAGAAGAAUGUCAAUUCAAAAGCAGGAAGAAAGGGAUGGAAAGAACACAUUGAGCCCCAGCAACCUACUCCUUCCUCAACUACAGCAGACUGCAAUAGCAGAGCAAUAUAUGAUCAAGACUCACUGCAGAAUCAACCAUUGACAAUGUCUACUCCAGCUGGUGCAGACAAAUGUGAUGAUGAUCAAGUGGUUUGCAGUGAUGCAAUAUGGGAGUUUGACUGA